GGACUAUAACAUUGAAUCAAUUACGGGACGCGGGUUGUGAGACCAUUGCAGUCGGAGCCGGAGGGAGGGCGAGCGGGAGGGAGCGCGCCUGAGCGGGGAGAGUCACAAAAGCCGUGGACAUAUUUUGGAUAUUUUACAAUCUGCGGGACGGGAUCUGCGCGUUAUAAAGGAGGAGGUAAGAGCUGUUGCUCGCUAUGGGUACUCCCCCAAGGACGUUCCUGAUCCUGGGAUGUUUUCUCACAGGACCGCUCCUAACACUUUGCCAGCUUCCUCUGCCGACUAUUGUUCCCAAUAGAAAUGAGAUGGUUGUACAGCUGAAUUCCAAUUUCACACUCAAAUGCUCUGGAGACAGCGAAGUGAGCUGGCAGUACCCAGUGACCGAGGGAAGCCACAGGAUAGACAUCAGACACGAGGAGAACAACAGUGGCCUCUUCGUGACAGUGCUUGAAGUCGGAAAUGCCUCAGCCGCUCACACGGGCAUGUAUGUUUGCUAUUAUAACCACACGCAAGUGGAGGAUGGGGAAGUCGAGGGGAAGGACAUCUACAUCUAUGUGCCUGACCCAGACAUGCCUUUCGUUCCUUCCUUACCAGAAGACCAGUUCAUCCUAGUAGAAGAAGGUGAUCCCACUGUUAUCCCUUGUCGGACAAGUGACCCAAGUGCUGAAGUGACUUUAGUUAACAGUUUAGACAAGCCUGUCUAUGCUUUCUAUGACAGCAAACAGGGCUUCGUAGGGAACUUCCUUGCAGGACCAUACACAUGCAAAACAAUGGUUAAAGGCGUGGAGUUCAAGUCCGAUGAGUUCCUCAUCUAUAUUUUAAGAGCUACUUCACAGCUGCCGGUUGAAAUUGAAGCUCUGAAAACUGUCUACAAAACAGGCGAGACCAUCGUAGUAACUUGUGUGGUCUUUGACAAUGAGGUGGUUAAUUUACAGUGGAAUUAUCCCGGGAAAGUGAAAGAAAAAGGUCUGAUAAAACUUGAUGAUAUCAAAGUCCCAUCACAGAAGUUGGUUUACACGUUGACCAUACCUGACGCAUCAGUGAAAGACACAGGGGAUUAUGAAUGUACUGCCCGACAUGCAACCAAGGAGGUUAAGGAAAAUAAGAAAGUAGUCAUUACAGUUCAUGACAAAGGGUUCAUUCAUCUAGAGCCUCAAUUUAGCCCUUUGGAAGCUGUCAAUCUACAUGAAGUCAAAAAUUUUGUCGUCGAUGUGCAGGCGUACCCCGCUCCAAAAAUGUACUGGUUGAAGGAUAAUGUGACUCUGAUUGAAAACCUUACUGAGAUUGUUACUAGUUCAAACAGAGUCCAGGAAACACGGUUUCAAAGUGUACUAAAAUUGAUCCGGGCCAAGGAAGAAGACAGUGGGUACUAUACUUUGGUUGCUGAAAAUGAAGAUGAGAUUAAGAGAUACACCUUCUCGUUGCUAAUACAAGUUCCAGCCUUGAUCUUAGACCUCAUGGACGACCACCAAGGCUCUGCUGGCAGGCAGACGGUGAGGUGCUUGGCUGAAGGUACCCCGCUUCCUGAUGUGGAAUGGUUGGUUUGCAAGGACAUUAAAAAAUGCAGCAAUGACACUUCCUGGACUCUUCUGACUAACAAUAUCUCUGAUAUACACAUGGAAGCCCACCUGGAUGAGAGGAAUAUGGUGGAAAGCCAGGUGACCUUCCAGAAGGUAGAAGAAACCCUGGCUGUGAGAUGUGUAGCAAGAAACGACCUUGGAGCUGUUACUCGGGAACUGAAACUUGUGGCUCCCACCUUGCGAUCAGAACUGACGGUGGCUGCUGCUGUCUUAGUACUGCUGGUGAUUGUGAUAAUUUCACUGAUUGUCCUGGUCAUCAUCUGGAAACAGAAGCCAAGAUAUGAGAUAAGAUGGAGAGUCAUUGAGUCUAUCAGCCCCGAUGGCCAUGAAUACAUUUAUGUGGACCCAAUGCAGCUACCUUAUGACUCCAGAUGGGAGUUUCCUCGAGAUGGGUUAGUGCUUGGUCGAAUCCUUGGUUCUGGUGCAUUUGGAAAAGUGGUGGAAGGGACAGCAUAUGGAUUGAGUCGUUCUCAACCUGUGAUGAAAGUAGCCGUGAAAAUGCUGAAACCUACAGCUAGAUCCAGUGAAAAACAGGCGCUCAUGUCUGAACUGAAGAUAAUGACACAUCUUGGGCCCCACCUGAAUAUUGUGAACCUGCUUGGAGCUUGUACGAAAUCAGGUCCUAUUUACAUAAUCACUGAAUACUGCUUUUACGGUGAUUUGGUGAACUAUCUGCACAAGAACAGGGACAACUUCCUCAGCCGACAUCCAGAGAAACCAAAGAAAGAUCUGGAUAUUUUUGGGAUGAACCCAGCUGAUGAAAGCACAAGAAGCUAUGUGAUUUUAUCAUUUGAAAACACCGGAGAAUAUAUGGAUAUGAAACAAGCUGAUACCACUCAGUAUGUGCCAAUGCUGGAAAGGAAGGAGGGAUCUAAAUACUCUGAUAUUCAGAGAUCUGUAUAUGAUCGACCUGCUUCAUAUAAGAAGAAAUCUUUGUCAGAAUCAGAAGUAAAAAACCUUCUUUCAGAUGACGGUUCGGAGGGUCUAAGCCUACUGGAUUUGCUAAGCUUCACCUACCAGGUUGCACGGGGAAUGGAAUUCUUGGCUUCUAAAAAUUGCGUACACCGUGACUUGGCAGCUCGUAAUGUCCUUCUGGCUCAAGGCAAAAUCGUGAAGAUCUGCGACUUUGGGUUGGCUAGAGACAUCAUGCAUGAUUCCAACUAUGUCUCCAAGGGCAGCACCUUCCUCCCAGUAAAAUGGAUGGCACCUGAAAGCAUUUUUGACAAUCUGUACACAACAUUAAGUGAUGUCUGGUCUUAUGGCAUUCUGCUGUGGGAAAUAUUUUCUCUUGGUGGCACACCAUAUCCUGGCAUGAUGGUCGACUCCACCUUCUACAAUAAGAUAAAGAGUGGCUACCGAAUGGCAAAACCUGAUCAUGCUACCAAUGAAGUGUAUGAGAUCAUGGUAAAGUGCUGGAACAGUGAACCAGAGAAAAGACCUUCGUUUUACCAUCUGAGUGAAAUUGUGGAGAGCUUGUUGCCUGGAGAGUACAAAAAGAGCUACGAGAAGAUUCACCUGGACUUCCUGAAAAGCGAUCACCCAGCUGUCACUCGAAUGAGAGGGGACUGUGACAAUGCUUACAUUGGUGUCACCUACAAGAAUGAAGACAAGAUAAAGGAUAGAGAGAGUGGAUUUGAUGAGCAGAGGCUGAGUGCUGACAGUGGGUACAUCAUCCCCCUGCCUGACAUUGACCCUGUUUCUGAAGAUGAGCUUGGCAAAAGGAACAGGCACAGUUCCCAGACAUCUGAAGAGAGUGCCAUUGAAACCGGUUCCAGUAGCUCUACCUUUAUAAAGAGAGAGGAUGAGACCAUUGAGGACAUUGACAUGAUGGAUGACAUUGGAAUUGACUCCUCGGAUCUUGUAGAGGACAGCUUCCUGUAAUCCCAGACACCUUCUAACUGCACAUGGGGAAGCUUACCGUGCUGUAUACAGACUUCUGCUACACAGAGAAAACCACUUCGUUGCAAUGUCAAGGAUGUGAAGAGAAGAUGGAUUUGUUAAGAGGGAUGCCCAGUGAUGGGCAAAGGAAUCAGCCUGAGAAUGAAAGGGAGAGAACUGUCAAAGAUGGAUUUUUUUAGUGUUGCUUCUUGCAGUACUUUAUGAGCAUCUCAGCGUUGUUUUGCCAUUCCAACUGGUAGAGGACAACAGAAAGGCCACAAACAGACCAGUUUUGUGUUUCAAGGGCAUUCCUAUGACUUUGAUGGAUAGAAUUUCCACUGCAGCAAUACUUCAUCAUUGUAAUUAUGUAAAUAACUAUCAGCUCAAGGAUCUUUUAAGGUGCACAUUGAACACACUCCAUGGAUUUUAGAAGAGAUCACCCAUGAAUUUUGUGCACUUCUUCCCUCAAUCUCAGUGUCAGCUGCUGUUGAACUAUCAUGUGAAUUGAAGAACAUGCAAAAACCACUCUUAGACUGAGAAGGUCUGAAACCACAAAAAACUGACCGGUACUACAAAACAUGUUACUUUUUAACAUUAAUGCAAGGGGAAUAAUAAUAAUAAUAAUAAUAAUUAAAACCAGUCUAUAAUAGGUGUUAGAAACCUAGUAAGUCUUUAUUAACUAUAGAAGAUAGCUGUUUUCAUGAUAAUACUACUACUGUUUUCCGUAACACUAAGCCUAUAUUUUAUAAUUCAUUGUCCUUCAGAAAAGCACAGUCUCAAGAAACAUUAUUAAGUACAAGGAAAAAAAAUAUGACCUGAAAAUGUGAUGAAGCAACCUUUAUCAGGCCCUACAGAGUAUGAUAAUUGCUCCGACUAGCUAAAACUACUUUAAUAUGGAGAAAAAAUUGCAUCCUGUAAUACACUAAGAUUUAGUUUUCUAUUUUGAAUAGAGCAGCUUGUCUAAUCAGCUGUACUAGAAACAAUUAUUGUCCUCCAAUUAAAUGAACUUCUAAGCAUUCAAAAUUUUUUUUUUUUAAAUUUAAAUUUACACCAGAUUUCCAGGAUUGUGGGAAGUGGAAGAUUAUGAUAAACCACCAGCAACAUCCCACUGUUAGUGUUUCACAGUUUCUCAAAAGAAAUCUUAUUCCAGGAUUAGGUAUGAAAAAUCAAUUUUAUUUUUGAACAGCUCAAGGAAAAAAGACAUCUCUCCCAGCCUUGAACUCCAGAUUAUAAAAGCAGAAAUAGUUCUGCCACAAAUAUCCUUGUCUUAGUUUUGAAGUUUACACAGGAGCAGAAAACUGACUAUUAUCUUUGCAGACUCUAACUACAAAUAAUAAUUGCCUUCAAGUGUGCUUUCUGGAUGAAGGUGCAUGAAAACAAACCUGCUCUCAGCCUGCAAUAGUUAUUUUUUGACACCACUUACAAGAGCAAAGUAUUAUGAUUACUGCUAUCACUGUACAAAGUGUUAUUGAUAUUUUAUGUUUUGGAAGACUUACACGUGAACGAAAGGUACAUCACUGCAAAGGGCCCCAUCCUUUCUGGUGCUCAUCUUUCGAACUUAACUCUAAUUCAGUGCGAGGAGUGCCUCACAGGACACGCUCAGCAUCUGGCAUGGCAGAACCAAUGCAAAUGUGGUACAAACUCAUCCCUGCGUUGCAGUACUUUUCCUAUGAAGUAUGAAAAAUGGCCCAGCAGCAAUUGACAACACACGCCACCUGGAUCUGAAUAACAAACUAAACUUUACCUUGAAAUGGCCCUAAGGAAAGCUACACAACUCCUCAUCUCUUCAUUCGUGGAUGGUUGUGGAUUGAAGAAAAAUAAAUGUAAUACUGUCAUUUCUACAGGCAAAUAAUUUUGGCUCUGAGUUUCAAAAAUGUCACCUGGCUGUGGCCACAUACAAAUGUCCUGCAGAUGUGGAAACGUGACCUGAAGUGAGGCACCUGGAUUUUCAGCCUUGGUGAUGUUUGACAAUCAUAACAAAGCAUGAGCAAUGACAUGUCCUCCUUUCUCUGCAGUCAACAGACCAAUACCGAGUGUCUUUCGGAGCUCCGUAUGGGGACAACUGUGAAAUAUAAAGACUCUUGAUAUAGCCUGGACACACAAGAUGAUGUAAAGUCCCCCUCCAGUUAUAUAUAGAACUAUAAAUUGAGGAAACACAAAUUGUCUAUUGGAUAUCCCAGAUAUCUGAAUGGCCAUUUGAGACCACAGAUGCCUUAAUUUGCGUGUGCAGUCAUUACAACUGCAUGCUCAAAUUAGGCAAGCGAUUUCACCUGCAUUUUUGCACAUGGCCCAGUGUUCUUCGGGGUUUGAAAAUCAGGUCUGGCAUGUUUUACUAUACCAGUUACUGGAAUACAAGGACAUUUUCCCAUGGUCUCCCCUUCCUCUCACUGAUUUCAUUCUGUAUUGCACAACGUACAUUGGGGCUAGACCCAAAUGGUGGAUGUGAACCAGAGCCUCCCCACCCUAUGAUGAAUGGUAGAGUUAAUUUUCUAUCCUCUCAUGAGUGUUUGUAUACAUUAAUUUUACCCGUGGCAAGAGUCUAGCCAAACCCAGCUCAUUUCAGGGUGGAAUCCAAUAAACUUGCCUAUAAACUGGAAUGAGAUGCAGAGGCAGUGUGGGGGUUUAUUAGGGAGGGAGAAGUGGGAGGAGAUGAUUCCUUUAGUUUUACAAUAUUUUCAGUAUUACCAACCUUUUAGUUUAUGGCUUAAUUUUUGAGAAGCCACUGGAAAAGAUAUUCCCAAAUCUUACUCUAGGGUAAUUGUAUAAUGACAAUCAGUGUUAGCCUAUCACAGCCUUUGAUUUGGAAUGGCCAACCAAUUCCUUACAGUGUGGUCUGCAGCUUGUACAAAAUGGUCCUAUUACAUGGUGAAGGACGUGAGAUACAGUGAUGUUAUACAUCAAUAUGUAUAUAAGUAUUUUUAUAUAGACUUUUAGAAUACUGCCAAAACAUUUAUGACAGCUAUAUCACUGCCUUUGUUUAUAUUUUUUUUUACUGUGAUAUAUUCCACAGGCACGUUAACUGUUGCACUUUGAAUGUCCAAAAGUUAUAUUUUAGAAUAAUAAAAAAGGAAGUGUUUCCAAAAUGGUGGCUGUUGUGAAAUAUUUGAAGGGCAAACUAGCCUGAGUGAUGGUAGGCACGAAAUGUAUUACAAAAUGCCCCUGUUGAUAUUUUGUCUUUGAAAAAUCAAAUCCUGUAAAUUAAGAUCUCUAUAUUUCAAUAAAUGAUAUAUAAUUUAAGGAUA